AUGUUGGCCAACCUCGUCCGCGAACUCCGGGUACCUCAAAUGGAUCUGCUCUUCACAACCACUAAGCACAGCGCGCAAUGGGAGGAGUACCGCGACAUUGUCGCGUCUGUUGUCAUGGUCUGUCCGAAUCUAGAGCGUCUGCUAGGCCUGUCGAUCCCGUAUCACCACGAAUUCGAUCGUCUGACCUAUGCGCUGUCCACCCGCAAGCGGCUCAAAGAGCACACCUGGGUGCUGGGCGAGGCAGCGGAGGUUUCAGAAAUGUCGCCCCGCAGCACCUCCUGCCCCGGCAGUCUCGGCCCGUCGCAGAUGUUCGAGUUUCUGGAUUACCAUGUCUCAUGGUCGAAGCGGCCUCGUCAGGACGAGAGUGAUGAAGAGUUUUUAGUCCUUAGUUUGCGGCCGUCUUAG